UGGAUCUGAUGCGUUGCCAUUGACGGGCCUUAAGUUUAUCCCCCUCGGUUUCUGUCCUCCCUCGCACGGAUCCUGUCCCGUCUCUCAUCCCUUCAGUGCGUUUGCAUCUGGACAGCGUUUCAGCUGGAGUUGUACAAAUGUCGCUCCUAGAGUCGACGGAAUCUACCAAAUGCUUUCCGUUCUUGGUGGAUAAUAUUCCCAACUGGCUAGAAGGCGUCGUCGACGUCGAAAAGAAGAUCAAGGUUCGACGAGAUGAAGCUACCCGGGUCACGGUGCCCGUCUCACCACGCAAACGAACCGGCUCCAAUGAAUCAAUACGCAUCAACGACGAUGACGAUGGCCCAACAAGGCAUCCUCCUCAUGGGCCAUCACCGACGGCCUACUCCCCACUCGAGAACACAUCCGCACCCGCCGUCGCACCGAUAACCCCAAGCACCAACCCGUUACCCUUCGACCGUUCUAUCGCCCCGUUGUUCUCCAACCGCAAACGGAAACCGGCCUCCUUGAUCAGCAACGCUCCCUCCAUCCCCACCAAAUACCGCACCCGCAGCAUGAUCAUCGUCUACUACGACAGCGAAGUCCAGAAGGGCUUCGAGCAACUGGUCCGCAACAUCGGCACUGGCCGCAACAUGCUCCGGAAAGGCAAGAUGCAAGCCCGUAUGGACGCCUUCACCGGCGGCAUGGACAACAUGAUGUCCGCCCUCGGACGCAUCGGGGGGAUGUCCGGAGUCGCCGGUGCGGACGCCGACACCGCGCGGGCGUUGAACGCCGCGGCGAGGAAGAUCGAGGCGACAGGCCACUACGACGCGCUGGACAAGCGGCUCGACCAGGCGCAGAGCCUUGCAGAGAAAGGCGCCCACCAGUUCCUACGGGAAGGCGAGUGUCCAACCGAGGUAUCCGGCAUACGGGUUGAGCUGGAGGCGGCGUUGGAGUGGUGUCGGGACGCGGUAGCGGCGAUGACGGUGGUGUCCCAGAACGCGGCCGCAAGAGUGAGUGUGGAAGGGGUUCGGGUCGAGGCCGAACGGGGGCAAAGUGAACGGGAAGGGAAAAGUUUGAACAAGAUUCAAGCAGAGUUACCGGGAACGACGCCCGGGACUGCCCAGGUCCCUGUGACGGCCAUCGCAACCAUCGAGGUGGACUCCGAUGUUGACGAGGAAUUUGAAAUCAAGUUGCCGCCGAUACGGAGGCUUGCGAGGACAUGACGAGAUUGAUCACGAUGAACGGUUGGGAAAUGGGACCUGAUGGAUGGAAUUUCUGGAUUUUGUUUGGGGUUUGGGUUUAGCAUCGUCCA